ACCUUUAGACUUUUAGAGAUCCGCGCUUUUGUAUAGUGUGCUGUGUGUGUUUACCGCCAGUGCGCUGAACAAAAGCAGGUUAACUCAAACUAAAAUUUGUAGUUGACCUUUAUAAGUAAGGGUUUAUUUUAGGUCUACUGUAGGAAGAUCAACAACUUUGAACACAAUGAACGGAGAAACUGAUGAUCAACAGCGUAUGCGAUUCCAGGUGGAAUUGGAAUUUGUGCAAUGUCUAGCUAAUCCUAAUUAUUUAAACUUUCUAGCUCAGCGUGGUUACUUCAAGGAUCCCACUUUUAUCAAUUAUCUAAAGUACUUGCUUUAUUGGAAAGAGCCAGAUUAUGCCAAAUAUUUAAAGUAUCCUAUGUGUUUAUACUUCCUUGACUUGUUGCAACAUGAACACUUCAGACGAGAGCUUGCUAAUUCUCAGUGUACCAAGUUUAUCGAUGACCAACAGAUACUCCUUUGGCAGCAUUACACCAGAAGACGCACCAGAUUGUUGCAAACAGCUCACGAAUCGGUUCAGCAACAUCCACAACAGAAUAAUGGAAUCGCUCAACCAAAGGUACUCUAACGCGAACCAUUGGUUAAAAAAGUCUGAUAUGCAUUAUCUUGUAUAGUGCUUAACUAAUGAUGUAAGAUACACAUUUUUUUAAGAUAGGCAUUAUUUUGUUCCUAAGUGUAAAUGACUAGUUGCCGUUAUAAAAUGAUAUUGUGAUAGUUCACUCAUACAGAAAUUUUCUUUGUACAAUUAUCAUUACUUUGCUUCAAACAUUUGCCUGAUUGUACAGUUUUCAAGGUAUUUUAGUUAUGGAAAAUGUUCAUUUAUAUUAUUUCUUUCAUACAUUCAUAUGCACUUGAAUGCAUACUAACAUUUUUAUGUUCAUUAAGAAUCGAAAACUAUUUUUUGUUAACUUAACUUAAUUUAAACUAUAAUUACUUAUUAUUGUUUAAUUUAACUUGAGAUAAAUUAAAUUAAUCAAUCUAAAACUACUGCUUAUGAUUCAGAACCUAUUUUAUUUGACUUAUAAAAAUCAAAGUGAUACUAGAAACGGCGUUUUAAGAAGCGCAGAAUUAAAAAAUGUUAAUAAAUGACAUCUUACAUUUCAUACAAAGUUGAAAGAAGGGGUGUAAGGAUGGAAGAGCUUAUUUUUGUUAAAACAAACUUUGUAUGUUAAUAAAUCUCAGUAUUAUAUUGAAA